AGCACAAAUGAGAGAAUGGAACAGAAAACAGGUUGGUGUGUGUUUGAUCUCUGCUGUGUGUCUGCAGGUAAAAGUUUUCUUCUCAGCUCAUUAUUCUUAUAUUGCAUUAAUUGUGGGGAGUGCAAAAUGGAUUUUGUUAUGUUCAAGCCUUGAUUCUUUUUGGCCUUUAUGCUCAGGAGAUGCGUAAAUUUCUGGCGCUGCCAAUUCAAGAGAAGGAAGCCCACGCUGCAAGAAUGAUGGCCAAGCUGAAGAAUGAGCUGGUGGGAGAACUGAAGGAGGAGGAGGUGCAGGGGGGGGAGGAGGAGGAAGAGGAGGAAAAUGAGAAGAACAAAACUUCAAAGCAAAUCAAGAGUAAGGCAGUUCUCCCUAAGCAAACAUCAUGCAGGCAUGAGCUGAAAAUGGCUCUGAUGAAAGGAGAAAACAUCUCAAGAAAAACCAAACAAUGCUUAAUUUCAAUGGAGAGGCAGAAGGCAGUGUUGGAGUUAUCGCUGAUGACCAAGAGCUCUGAAAUUUCCAGGAUGGACAGAGCCAUCGCAAAAGAGGAAAAAAAGCUGAGACAGCUCGAAAAAGACCUUGAGAAAGACAAUCAUAGGUUUGAGGAAUUCCUCAGAGAGAACGAAAGAAAGUCUGUGGAGGCCAGGCGGCUUUUUGACCAGGAGGACAAGGCGAAACAAGAGAAGAACGCUCAGUUUAGGAAACUAACUGCUGAAAUGGGGAACAUAAAGAGUGAACUUAUCAAGUUGGAUGAAACCCUAAUGGACUAUAAGAGAUACCAGGAAUUUCUAUUCAAGCUCUCUCCUCCUGAGUGGCAGGAAGAACAGACGAGCAAGGCCAUGAAAGCUAAAGUCCUUUCUGACAAAUAUGGACCGAAUGAACUAAACAACAAGCCUCACUGGAUGGCUGUCAGAAAUAGCAAGUAUUUCUCAUUUAUAUACACUUUUAAACAAACAAAAUACCAGGAUGGUUUACAUGAUAAGCUGUCUCGUUCAGAAGGGGAACUUCCGUCCAUCAUAGAAACCCGGCCAUCCUCAGCUCGCAGCGACACACUAGACGCCAAGUCUCAGUCGGACUGCGACAGCUCGGAAUGUGAGGACGAACCAAAGCUCUACUUCACUGAUCCCCAACAAAUUCUGGAGCUGAUGACAGAGCUGACGGAGCAGAACCUGUCUCUGAUCCAGAACUGUGCCAGGGUCGAGGAAGCUCUGGAGAAGCUCCGCCAAUCCUUGGAGACAACCAGGAGCAAGAUUGGGAAGGAUGAAGAGCUGAUAGGGGAGCAAGUAAAUUAUCUGAAUCAGAGAAUCGAUAAGGAGAGGGCGAGAGGGGCCAAGCUCAAACAGAAGAUUCAACUCCACGUGUCACUGAGCACAGAAGACCAGGAUGCCAUGUUAGAGUCUCUCGGUGAGAAGGUGGCCGAGGUGCAUCGCAGUUGUGUCGAUGACCGAAUUACCAACCUUAGCACCUUGGAGAAGGUGGCCAACAUUGAGAGUCGUAUGUUUUCGCUGCUGCUUAGUCUGGAGAGCAUCCCUGAGGGUAGACUGGAGAUGCUGAAAAAGAUCAAGGACAGCGAGCAGAGGAGCAGACAGCGUGAAGAAAAGCUGAGAGAGCGAGAAGAAAAACAAAAAGAAAGGAUGCAGAGGUACUUGGAGAGGUCCCUCGCUGACUCAAAGAAAAUAAGUGGAAGAAAGCUGGUGCCAAGAUGCAGGCCCAUUUCCCAGAGAGUCAAAGUCAUUAGCGUGGACAGUAGCCUUGCUGAAGAUGACAUCAACGAAUUGCUCUUUGACUCAGAGGACACAGAGUAAAGGAAAGGAAACGAUUAUUAAUCUGAAGACAAAUUAUUUUAUUUUUUUUAGAAAAUCAUGAGUUACCGUAGAAUAAUGCAUUAUAUUGACUCUUGGAAAUAAUGUACAGCAAACAUGCUUUUGCUUUAUUGUACUUACUGUUAUGGCUGGUUGGUGAAUCAUGAAGAUUGACAAGUCAUGCAAAAAUAUAUUCUUUAUUCUCAGUGCAAUCAUUUAAUUCAACUCUCAAUUUACAAUCUAAAACUUAAAAAUCUACAUGCUGUCUAUUUCCAUUCUUCUCCAGUUACACUAAAACAUUAAAAGUGCUCUUUUCUUCUUAAUUUUUGUCCUUUAUUGUACAAAG